AAACAAGGGGGAAGCAAUGAAAAGACAAAACAGGACAGGCGAUGAUGAUAGUGAGGAUGAUUUUGAAAGCCAGAAAGACAAAAAGAAAAUACGCUCCAGCAAUACUGACAAUGAGGAUUGUACAAGUGAUAAUAAAAAUGAAAAACAAAACUGUUUCACUUGUAAAGUUUGUAAUAAACGUUUCACAUUACUCAAAAAUUUAUGCAGACAUGAAAUUUCACACAGAUCUGUGGUGAAGUGUGAGCAAUGUGGUGGCUCAUUUUCAAGACAAGAUAGUCUACAACGUCACAAGCGCACACAUCAUAAUGAGAACAGACGAGAUAAUAAUAAGGGAAGAGACGUGAAAUGUAACAUUUGUGAUAAAGUGUUUAACAAAUUUUAUAAUUUAAAACGACAUAUGCGCACUGUGCAUAAACAAGAUUCAAAUAAAGGUCAAAAACAAUUGUUUACUUGUAGAUACUGUGAGAGUGAAUUUGGGGAGUAUUCUGCAUUGUUUGCUCAUGUCAUGGAAAAUCAUCCACUCAAUCAAAGUGGGGGUAGAGAUAGGGGAAUAGAAAAGUCUUUAAUAGAUACUGCUUCACCCCAGUCUGAAAGCAAAUCAGCUGCUGAGAAUCAAAAUAAAAAUCAGUCUGAAAAUGCAUCACCUCAGUCUGAAAGCAAAUCAACUGCUGAGACUCAAAAUACAAAUCAGUCUGAAAAUGAUGAAAACAUAGAAUUGUCUAAUGAAAACAAAGAUAAUCAAGACUCAUUAAAUACAGACAAUGAGCGAGAUGAGAGUGCUUUACAAAAUUCAGUGCAAAAUAGAAUUAUCCUUCCCAGGAGCGGGGGUGGUGAAAGAUAUGAUUUGUUAACAUUUUUUGCAAAUGUGAGGUCCAGAAUUCUCACCUACCUUCAGUCUAGAAUACGAAGUAUGGGAGGCAUUAAAUGGAACUUAUGCGUUCAGGUGGAAAUGGAACGAACUGAUAAUGGGGGAGAUAGCAGUGUGAGCACCCCCUUUUUCAGAAGUAGAACUUAUAUGUCACUGACUUUGGAUGGUUUAAACGAACAUGAUUUAAAUGAAGCAUUACAGAAAAUGUAUGCCAGCUUGGAGAAAUAUAUGCGAGAUGGCUCUGGCUGGUUUCUCAGAAAAGUGCUAAAACUUGAGAUUCACACCAUCAAGUAUCGGCCGUUAUCAGGCUCAAGUUAUCUACCUUUACCUAGGACGUUGCUUUACAACUCAAGUUUGCUUAAUAUUGAAAAUGAGGAUGAGAAGUGUUUCCUGUGGUGCAUUUUAGCUUCUUUACAUCCCUCAGAAAGGAAUGCUGUAAAAGUUGAAACUUAUUGUCCCUUUACAAAUGAACUGAACAUGAGUGGUAUACAGUAUCCAGUAUCUUUAGCACAAAUCGAUAGAUUUGAAAAACAAAACGAAAAUAUUUCAAUAAACGUAUUCACCUUUCAAGAAAAUGAAAUUGUUCCAUUGAAAAUCACAUCAAAUACACGUAGAUUACAUCAUGUGAAUUUGCUAUGGAUCAAAUAUGGUCAAGUCUCUCAUUACGUUCUCAUAAGAGACUUGAAUACUUUUCUUUUUAGAAGCAAGUCACAUAACCAAAGAAUGUUUUUCUGUCCAUACUGUUUGCAUGGUUUUGUACGUAAUGAGUCUCUGCAAAAUCAUAUCACAUACUGUAGUACAAAUGAAGCUCAAAAGGUGGAACUACCUGCAGUCGGUGACAGUGCUAUACUGGAAUUUAAGGACUUUGAAAAAGAACUUAAAGUUUCAUUCACGAUUUAUGCAGAUUUUGAAACUUUAAAUAGACGGGUUUCAACAUGUCUUCCAGAACCUACACACUCGAGCACCACGUCUACCACAAAACUUGAAGUUUGCGGUUUCGCGUACAAGGUAGUUUGUGCGGACAAUAGAUAUACUAAACCAACGGUGGUGUAUAGGGGGAGUGAUGCAUCACAAAAAUUUAUUACAAGCUUGCUGCGAGAGCAAAAAGAAAUUGAAAAUAUUCUCUCUAAUAUAGAACCAAUGAUCAUUACGAGUGACGAUUUUGAGGAAAUAAGUCGCGCUUCGCAGUGUUGUUUAUGUCAAAAGGACUUCACUCCAUAUGAAAAAGUGCACUCCACUAUAGUAAGACAUCAUGAUCAUUUAACGGGAGACUUUAUUGGAAUGGCUCACAACCAAUGCAAUUUGAAAUGCAAGCAGGCGAAACAUACGUGCGUCAUUUUUCACAACUUGAAGAAGUUUGAUGCGCACAUCAUCUGUCAAAGUAUUGGUGAGUUUAAGGGGGAAAAUCUUAAAUGUAUUGCUCAAAGUACAGAAAACUAUGUGAGUUUUUCCCUAGGUAACUUGAGAUUCAUUGACAGCUUACAGUUUCUACCCUCCUCAUUGCAAAGUUUGGUGGAAAAUUUAAAGUGUGAUGGACAGGAUGCCUUUGAACACCUUACUGAGGAAUUCCCAAAUUCUGAUGAUGUCAAGUUGCUAUUACGAAAAGGGGUGUAUCCGUAUGAUUAUAUGGAUCGUGAAAGUAAAUUUGAUGAACAUUGUUUACCACCAGCAGAAGCAUUUUAUAACGCUUUAACCAAACAACAUAUAUCUGAGCAGGAUUACAAGCACGCCUGUGAUGUGUUUGCCCAUUUUGAAAUGACAAGCAUGGGGUCUUAUCACGACCUUUACUUGAAAUGUGAUGUAAUACUUCUGUGUUGCGUAUUUGAAACGUUUAGAAGUAUGUGUAUGGAGCAAUAUGGUUUGGAUCCAUGCCAUUUUUAUACCAGUCCCGGCUUAAGUUGGGCUAGUUGUUUGAAGAUGACGGGUGUGCAACUAGAGCUGAUGACGGACAUAGAUCAAGUGCUAUUCAUUGAAAAAGGCAUACGAGGUGGAAUAUCACAAAUUUCGAAUAGAUAUAAACAAGCAAAUAAUCCACUUCUCUCAGAUUAUGAUAGUGAAAAGAAAUUGUCACAUAUUCUAUAUUUAGAUAUGUGCAAUUUGUAUGGAUUCGCCAUGCAACAACCACUUCCAACAUCAGAUUUUCAAUUUUUAAAGAAACGAGAAAUAAAUCAAUUAGACAUUAGGAAUAUUCCAGCGGAUGGGGAGAAAGGUUACAUAUUUGAAGUCAAUUUGAGGUAUCCCCCUGAACUUCAUGACAAACACAACGACUAUCCACUAGCACCGGAAAGAAAAGCUAUCUCAGAUGAU